CUUCGGGACUCCGGCGCGCUCUUGCCUUGCGCCUCCCUCGUGCCUUCUUCAGAUUCUGUGCGUUUUCUCCGCCUUCCUCUCUUCUUUCUCCUCCUGCCUCCCCGUCCACCGUCUUGCGUUUCUCUCUCUCUUUUUCCAGCCAGUCUGGCCCCGGACCUUUCUGUUUCCUUCCCUCAGCCCAUUCCUUGAGCCCCCAGACCUUUCUUCCGCUUGGUUCCAUUAUCCCGUGACCUUUUCACUUCCUCCUUUGCCUAUGGCCCGCCUCCAUAGCCCGCUGGUUUAUGUCUCCUUUACCUUAAGACCCCAACCCUUUUACUGCCUCCCUCCCGGCUCAGCCUCUGGGACCGUGCCCUGAUCCCUCCUUACACACCCAGUUUCCAAGCCCUCACCCUCUGUACCCCAUCCAAUGCGUCUGCUUCUUCAUCAACGUUUGGUUUGUUUCACUGCUUUUCCUGUCCAAUUAAAACAGCAAGGGGUGGGCUUCUUCAGAGGCUUCCCUGAUAGUUCCUGAUGUUGAGACUGAAGUUGACCUGGUUAGUGCCUCCACCUUGACCAUGGCUUUGCUGGGCUCUGAGGGAGCAGCUGGUGGGACUUUAGAGAUCAGCAACACCUCCUGCCCGCUCUGGACUGUGCUAUAUGACUAUGAUGCCACUGGGGAAGAUGAGCUGAGUUUGCGGCGAGGAGAAAUGGUUGAAGUUCUGUCUAAAGAUGCAGCGGUCUCUGGAGAUGAUGGCUGGUGGGCAGGCAAAAUUCACCACCGCCUUGGUAUCUUUCCAGCCAACUACGUGACUUACCAGCCAGGAUGUUACCAGCAUCCCCAGCUAGGUUUGUUGGAGAAGUCAGGACAUCAAGCCCAAAGCCUAGCUGUGAGUGAUGGGCAUCCUGUAGGUGGCAGAGGCCACAUGGGUUCUCUAGCAGAUAUUGACUUCCAGCAUUUGGAAUUGCAAGAGAUCAUUGGGGUUGGGGGCUUUGGUAAAGUUUACAGAGCUAUGUGGAAAGGCCAAGAAGUUGCAGUGAAAGCAGCCCGACAGGACCCGGAUGAGGACAUCAUGGCCACUGCAGAGAGUGUGAGGCAGGAGGCAAAACUGUUCUCCAUGUUGAAACAUCCCAAUAUCAUUGAACUUCGUGGUGUAAGUUUGCAGGAGCCAAACCUUUGCCUGGUCAUGGAAUUUGCCAGGGGAGGACCCCUUAACAGAGCUUUGUCAGGUGCUUCCCCCACCAACAGUGGGAGCCACUGGGGCCGUCGCAUUCCUCCACAUAUCCUGGUCAAUUGGGCAGUACAGAUAGCUCGUGGGAUGCUUUACUUACAUGAAGAAGCCAUAGUUUCCAUCCUUCACAGAGACCUCAAAUCAAGCAACAUUUUGUUGCUUGAGAAGAUAGAGAAUGAUGAUAUUCAUAACAAAACUCUGAAAAUUACAGACUUUGGCUUGGCUAGAGAGUGGCACAGAACAACUAAAAUGAGUGCCGCAGGAACCUAUGCAUGGAUGGCUCCUGAAGUUAUCAAGUCGUCCAUGUUUUCUAAAGGAAGUGAUAUCUGGAGUUAUGGCGUUUUGCUGUGGGAACUGCUUACGGGAGAAGUUCCUUACCGUGGCAUUGAUGGUCUUGCUGUGGCUUACGGCGUUGCUGUCAAUAAGCUUACUUUGCCCAUUCCAUCCACCUGUCCUGAACCAUUUGCUAAACUAAUGAAAGAGUGUUGGUCGCAGGAUCCUCACAUUCGGCCAUCAUUUACCUUGAUUCUUGAGCAGCUUACUGCCAUUGAGGGAGCUGUUAUGACUGAGAUGCCUCAGGAAUCUUUCCAUUCCAUGCAAGAUGACUGGAAACUGGAAAUCCAACAGAUAUUUGAUGAACUAAGGACCAAGGAAAAUGAGCUGAGGUCACGAGAAGAAGAGUUAACAAGAGCUGCUCUCCAUCAGAAGUCUCAGGAAGAGUUGCUGAAGCGGCGUGAGCAACAGCUAGCGGAGCGAGAGAUCGAUGUAUUGGAACGAGAACUAAAUAUUUUGAUAUUUCAGUUAAACCAAGAGAAGCCCAAUGUGAAGAAGAGAAAGGGAAAGUUUAAAAAAAGCCGAUUAAAACUUAAAGAUGGGCACAGAAUUAGUCUGCCUUCAGAUUUUCAGCAUAAGAUAACAGUGCAAGCCUCCCCGAAUUUAGAUAAACGAAGAAGUUUAAACAGUAACAGCUCUAGUCCACCAAGCAGUCCACCAAUUAUUCCCCGUCUUCGAGCUAUACAAUUAACUUCAGAUGAAAGCAACAGAACGUGGGGAAGAAGCACAACUUCUCAUCAGGAAGAAUUUGAAGAUGUGAAGCGAAGUUUUAAGAAGAAAGGUUGUACGUGGGGGCCAAACUCAGUUCAAACAAAAGACCGUGCCGAUUGUAAAGAGAGAGUAAGACCCCUCUCAGAUGGUAGUAGUCCUUGGUCAACGCUUUUGAUGAAGAAUCAAAAAGGUGUUCCAUUAGCUUCGUUGUUCAUGGAACAAGAGCAGAGGCUUUUUCCCGAAGGUUUGGAUAAUAAACGACCAAAGCAAUUAAAAUUGCCAAAUCAGGCCUACAUUGAUCUACCUCUUUGGAAGGAUGACCAAGGACUAAAUUCUGCAGAACAGGAGAGCUUUGAAGAAGGAAAUUCUGCAAGUUCUGCAAAUAGCACUCCACAAAUGACCCCUACGAAUAGUCUUGGAAGAACAUUACAGAAAAAGAAAACUGACUCUGUGUUGUAUGGGUGCACUGUCCUUCUUGCAUCUGUAGCUUUGGGCUUGGAUAUUAGAGAGCUGAACAGAUUGCAGGUUUCAGAUGAAGUCCUGCCUAAGGAUGAAAAGAAAAAGCGUGAUGGACUCUUUCAGCGAGCUUCAAAGUUUCGGAGAAGUGCAAGCCCUGUAAGGCUGCAGUCCAAAAAGGAGGAGACACAAAUCCCUUCACUAUGUCCAUCUGCAAGUACUGUGAGUCUUCUGUCUAUGUCUUCUGUUUCCACUAAGUGCCUCCUUCAGUCUGAUAGUGAAGAUACAAUUGUGAGCGCACUACCCAGUAACAGAGAUGUUCCCAUUAAACAUUUUUUGUCUGAAAGCCAUGUAAGCAAAAGAGAGCACGUAGCCAAAGUUGAUCCUGCCACUGAUUCUAACUUGCCAUCUCCCAGUCUUCCUCUGAAGCCAGAAACUCAAUGUAUGCCAAAUGCCUCUUCCUCAAAAGUGAGAGUUUGGGGUCAUAGACGGACAGUAUCAGAUGGAAAUCCAUGUCAGUCAACAAUUAAUGGAAUUGCUAAUGGCGCUCCUGAGAUUCUGCAUGCUUCAUCUCACCAGCAAAGAAACUUCUACAGUGAUCCUUCACCUGAAAAGCAAAGAACUGUCAAUAUUAUACCAAGACCUCGACCUUCUUCUUUAAGAAUCAGGCUAGAUCCUUGGCAGGCAAUUUCACAAAGUGUGAAGUCAAGCCCUUUUCAGAUGGAUAAUUUAGAGGGUGAUAAAAGACAUACAAAGGCUAACACAUUGAUAGACACCGAGGAAAGAACUAAAUCCCACAUGCCCUCUUUACUUGAUAUUGAUGUAGAAGGUCAAAACAGCGACUGUACUGUGCCUUUAUGCAGGAUUAAGAGUAAAGCAUGUCGGCCAUCAAUAUAUGAACUGGAGAGAGAAUUCUUGUCUUAAGUGCCUUGUAUUUUUAAUGCCCUUUUAAAACAAAAAAAUGUAAAGAUUGUGGUGUGUCCAUUAUGCUGGUUUUUUCUAAAUUUUAUGAUUAGUAGAGCUGGUACUGCACCAGAUAAAUUAAAUACUAAAUAAGGAAAGAAUAUUCCAGGGGAGAGUUGCUCUACAACCCCAUCUAUAGUGUUGGUGUUCCAGAACAGUAUUCUCAAUGAAUAUACUUUUUUUAAAAUACAGUCUAGGUUUUGCCUUUUGCUUUAUUCCAUUAACAAUUUGAUCUGCAAUAUACUAAAGUUCCAUUGUGGUCCAUAAAUGUUCCGUCUGCACUUAGCUUAUAAGAAAGAGUACUAUUGUGAACUGUGAUUUUCUUAAGAUACUAUUGUACAAGUUUACCAUCCUAUGUUGAGUACAGAAAUAAUAGUGUAUACAUUUAGUAAAUAACCAUGGUAGAUAGUUUUAGGAUGCAGGUAUAAUACUUAAUGUUACCUUAACUACAACAAAGAUAGGAUUUUCCUGAGGUAGUUACUGCCAAUUAAAUAUAAAGUUACUCAGAAAUAUGCAUAUUUGGGGUCACAGUUUUCAGUUGAAGCAUAUUUUGACAGGGCAGUCUUCACUUAGCAAUUUGGUUAAAAAUAGUUAAGACCUUUCAUGUGCAGUACCAGGGUAGUAUCCAGUGGGGCACAAUCGCUAAUGUAAAUUAUGUUGCGCUAACAUAAACUUCUUUAGCACAAUGCCAAUGGCUUUCACUAGCCUGUUGAUUUCCCCAGGGGAAUUUCCUUUCUGGAGAAAUUGAGGAACCAGUUAACAGCAUUGACAUUGACGUGUAACACUAUUAGUGACACUGUGUUAGAGUAGUUUAUGCUAGCGCAAGGUCCUUUACGUGGCAUUUGCACCCUGUUGGAUACUGCGUUUAUUAUAUAUGGGUAAAAGUACCCUUCAAUGUGUGUGUAUUCAUGGGUCCUGUUGAAAAAUGUAUUGGUAUUAGACUUGAUCAACAGGUGACUUAUUGUACUUUGUAAUAAGUGGGUGGGGAAGAAAUUGAAAAGAAGGGCAUUUUUAAUAUUAAUAAUUAUAAUAAUAAAUUUAUUUCUUACCCACCUCUCCAUUUUGA